UUUCUAGCGCCUCAAAGAUCAAGACGGAGACAUCGAUAUCGGCUCAGGCGGUGCUAGAGUUGGGUCUCUUGGAUAUGGAGGCGAAACCCCAGAGGGCGGAGGAGGCGAAGAAGUGGCUCAACAAAUGUAUCAGCGAUUAUAGCGGUUAUCUCAACGAGAAUUACGUGCAUUUGCGGGCCUUCGCAGGCCUUCGGGAACUCGGCGUCAGUACCGAUAAAUUCAAAGAGGAUGACAUGAAAUUGGAGGAAUAUAAGAAACAAUGGCUUAAAGACAUUAACGUCGAGGAGAAGAACUACGAGAGUAUACUCGAGAAGGAGGAGGAGAUUGUCGUCAAAUAAUGCAAAUCAAAUG